UUGUUCGUGUUCGUUUGGUUCGUUUGCAGCCCUAGUUUUCGUUAUUAAAAAAAAAUCAUAGCAUUUUAGUCAAAUUUUGUAGGAUAAAAAUGUUGAAAUGUAAGCUUAUUAUAAGCAAGUUUGAAUCUUUUGUGUUGUAGAGACUAUGUAUUCGAUUCGCGUAGCAAGAACAUCGCUCAAAAUUGGCCAUUUUCGCACAAAACGUUACAAACUUGCUUGCAACACGACGUGAAGAACAUGUUACCGCCUUUCCAGUCUCUUGAAUCGCUUAGAAAUAACUCAUCUAAUGAAGAAAUCAUCAGCCAUUGUAACGGGAAUUCGAAGUCGAAUCCAGAGUUGACUUUAGAAUCCAGAAAGUCAAAGAAAUCCCACACACAUAUUCAACUAGGCUUGGGUCAAACAAAGUCAAAGAAACCGAAACCGAAACCUGUUCUUGGUUCAUCUAGAAAGACCGAAACUGAAACUGAAACGACCAUGGGUAGUUCUAAGAUCUGUCCAGUUUGCAAGGUGUUUUCAUCGUCUUCAAACACGACACUAAACGCUCACAUUGACCGGUGCCUAUCUGGGGAGUCAACUACUAUGAAGUGGACCGCGGAUCGUGAAGUAGUUAUCAAACAUAGGAUUAAACCUAGGAAGAUGAGGCUGAUGGCGGAUAUAUACAAAAGCGCCGCUCAUUGUACCGUGGAAGAGCUCGAUGCAAGAAAUGGUACAUGUUGGGCUAAUAAUUCAGGUUUUCCGGAUCAUGAAAUCGAGUUUCAAGGCGAACAAGAGAAAGAAGAGGCAGUGGAUAAAGAUGAUUCAACGAUUGUAAGGCCACCAUGGGCGUGCUCUAAACGAACUGGCGCUGCGAAGAAGAAUCCGAGUGUUGCAGGUGAAAAAUCGUUUACAAAAUCUCGGUUUGACCCGCCAUCAAACUCACCAAAUAAAAAAAGAAUCUUGUCACGACAAAAUAGCCGAAAAACGGGAACUUUGACACAAAAGAAGGCGCACGUUGCAAAGGGGAGGUCUUUACUGUCAACAAAACCAAGUUCCGAACGCUUGAAGGGUUGUGAAGAUCCUUCAGAUUCAUGUCGGGUCAAAGGGUCAGAUGUAAGGUCAAAGGGUAGCCGUAGCACGUUAUCCUCAUCACGGGAAAAUUUGUUGUCAGCAAGUAUAAAAACAGUAUCCAAGAUUUAUCAAAAAAGAAAAUUUUCAGCUCUCGAAAGCGCUUGUGAGAGUAUGAAUGUUUCGGAAGUAAAAACGAACGAAAAGAAUGAGAUUUGCGGACCAGAAAAUUCGGUUUCUUUUGAUGACAUGUUCGACUCCAGGGAGCGUGUUAUUGACGUCACAAAUGAUAUUGAGAGACAACAACAGCAUUAUCAUGAUAUGUCUGAUUCUCCGGUUUCAACCGUUUCUAAUCCGAGUUUGACAAGAUCAGAGUCGGACAAGUUUUCUGCAAGAUCUACUACUCGAAACGAUGAAAAAGAUGCCCUUGUUGCCUUAACAAGCUCUGGUGAUUGGAGAUCGAAGGGUCAAAGUCAAAGUCAAAGUCAAAUUACUAGUUUCAAGACUGAUCAUCAGCCAUGCUGUUGUUCGAAAUCCGUCAUCAGGCUAAUGGGGAAGAAUUUGACUGUGGUCAACACAGAUGAAAAUAAAGUCAACUGUGUACAUAUGCGGAUUAUUACGUUCGUGGAAGUCCUAACGCGGGCCCUAUGCUUUCUGCGAAUAAGGAUCCGAAGAAUUCACUAGCAGUUAACGACGACAGCUUUCGAGCUUGUUCGCCUUUCAUAAAGAUUACUCCUUUUGCUAUGGGGUGAUUGACAAUAGCUUCUUGUUUCACAAGUUACUGUCGGUUAUAAAUGAUCUUUGAAUAACUGUGUAUGGGAAGCUUUAGAACUACAUGGAAAUUAACUGUUUUAUGAAUGAUCUUUGAAUAA